GCAUUUCUCUCCAGAGCCCCCCCUUUCACUCUUUCACUUGCUCUCACCCUGUCUAACUCUCUCCAUCUCUCUCCUACUCUCCUCUUUCCACACACACACGCACAUCUACACACACACGGUAUUGUCAACAAAGCUGGAGAACAAGGGACGUUGGGGGACCAGGGGAAUAGAGGUCCACGGAGGAGGCGAGUAACACACACAGGACCCCCUCAUCAUUUCAUCUGGACGCUUGGAGGUACGAUUUGGAGGAUUGAAGAAGGGAGAGAGGAGCCAAGGUGCCAGUAAACAGGGUCAAACACGCACGCAGGACGGGACUCUUUUAUUUCUCUUCAUGGUGGUUUGGACACUCGUAUUAUGUAUGAGAAGUUAACCAUGCUGAACCUACAGAGCAGCUCUAACUGGAGUGGGCCUAACAACUGGUACCAUGAUCCCACCGCCAUCCAGACGCAACAUAGCACAGUGUCUGAGGGAUGUCUGCUGGACACGGAGGGCAGCAUGGGAGCCGAGGCAGGGGGGGGUGGAGCGGGCAGGGUAGGAGGAGGAGUCCCCGUGGAGCGGGAUGAGGGCGAGGAGUCUCAGCUGAGGCUGCAGCUCAAGAGGAAGCUGCAGAGGAACAGGACCAGCUUUACGCAGGAGCAGAUCGAGGCUCUGGAGAAAGAGUUUGAAAGGACGCAUUACCCAGAUGUUUUUGCAAGGGAGAGAUUAGCGAACAAGAUCGAUUUACCUGAGGCCAGGAUACAGGUGUGGUUUUCAAACCGAAGAGCCAAGUGGAGGAGAGAGGAGAAGCUGCGCAAUCAGCGGAGGUCAGGCGGUGUGACUUCUUGCUCGCAGAGCCAAGCCCCCCUGAGCACUUCCUUCAACACGUCUGUCUAUCAUCAGCAGCACAGCAGCAGUUCAGGGUCCAUGUUGAGUCAGGCUGAGUCGUCCCUGCCCAGCUACAGCUCCCUGUCAGUUUUCUCAUCUGGAGUCCAGUCAAUUCCUCCCCAGUCGGCCUCCUCCUACUCCUGCAUGUUACCUCCAUCUCCUUCUGCACCACGCAGCUUUGACUCAUCAGCGUACUCCUCCCCUCAUCUGCAGUCUCCACCCUCGGCCAACUCCAACACGGGGCUCAUAUCGCCUGGGGUGUCAGUGCCAGUCCAGGUCCCAGGAACUGAGCCGCAGAGCAUGAGUCAGAGCCUGGGUCAGUACUGGGCCAGAUUACAGUGAACAACAGACAAUCGUUGCCAAUCAGCACGACGAGAGAAGAAGAAGGAAAAAAAGGGCAUGUAAAAUAAAACGAGUGCGAAGAAAAGAAUAUAAGCAAGCACAGGGCUGAGCUAUAGAGGGGCCUCGAAGGGGUUGCAGACCCCAAAAAUGCAUUAAAUGUUUACAAAUUCAGCCAAGAGCAGCUUUGGUUGCACUUAACAGUACUCCGGCUGUACUGGUGUUAUCUUAGUAUUAUCAGGUUGCACUUUUGGAUAGUAUGUGUACAUAGCGCUGAAGUCAGGGUUAGGUAUAGGAUCAGUCUGAGGUGUGUUUAGGAUUAGAGUCAGGAUUAAAUCAGGGUUUAAUGUAGCAUUUGAUAUUUAAGACUUAGCUUUGAAACCUUCCAAAAUUCCAUUACACAGUCUGGUUUUUUCUUUUAUAAGUAUAUAUGAUCCAAGCCAAAGCACUAAAAAGAACAAAGAGGAAAAUACUGGUCUUCCUAAAGCUCAAUACACAUUUCCGAAAAAAAAAAGUGUUUACAUUUUAGAAUUAUGUUGCAAAAAUGUUGUUUAUUCUGUUCAGUUUAAUUAAAUAGUGCCAGUUGACAGCAGAAGCCAUCUCAAGGGGUUUUAUGUUGUAAGGUGAUGACCCUACAAUAUUCGCAAGAGGACUAUCGAUUUAACAGCAAAACUUGCUUUUAACCUCCAGCGAAACCAUCCUCCCAGAGGUCAACCAUCCACCACAAGCACUCGGAUCGUUUAUCAAAAAAGGGUGCAGGAGAUUGCUUUGAGUUUUAAAUUAUACCUGACUUUACUUCUACCCUUCAGCUUUAAGAUCAAUCCUUAAGGCCAGCGUAUGUCAGGUGUAUUGUGAAGUGUAACCACAGUUUCUUGUUACUUGAGCAGCUCAAAGAUAUUGUGAUAGCUAGCUUGUUCGCUAAGCAUAAGCUGUGUGAGGCUACUGUGAAGAUUUUAGACUUGCUUACAGCAAUCACUUGUACUGAAACUAAAAACAAAAAAACAAAAAAACAAAACAUACCAUAACAAGUGUAAAUCCUGCCUCUCCUGCCAGCAACAUUACACUGAGACCACAUAUUUUUGUACAGACAUCUGUGUAUGAUGAAGAUAAGUGUGAAAUAUUGUCGGAUGUUAUUGGAGGGAAGAAUGUAGCAUGCUGUAGGCUCAUUCACUCUCAAAGCACAAGUUUGAUUAGUAAUGCUGAUGUCAGUACUGGCUGAUCAUAAAAUCAGUCUACACAAUAAUAAAAAUGGCAUUAGCAGAUUUUUGGGGGGCAAACUGUAAAUCAGCUACAUUUUGUCUCUAUUCUAUAUGCUGUGGAUGUAAUCUUUUUAUUCAAUCAAUCAAGAAAUCAGAAGCAAUUCCAUAACAAAGUUUGCAGUGAUAUAUACACGAUACACCACAUCAUAAAUAUUUAUUAGCCUAUGACAAUCAGUACAAAAACAUAGUGCAAACACUCAAAAGACAAUCAAAGCUGGAAGUAGAGGUAAAUAACUGUGAAGUUAAUGCAACACUGUCAAUACAACAGCAAUGGCUUUAACAAAUGUGCAUGACCAAAACAAGCUGCUACAGACAAUCAGCUCCUAUCAGAAAUGAAAUCAAGUAUUGUACAAAAAGCUGUUGCUGUAAUCUGCAGAGUUUGAACCUCUGCUCACUUUCCUCUGACUAUUGGUUUUAUUGAUGCAUCUCAUACGAAAUGUCUUUCGGCCCUUAUUUAUUUGUGUUUUCACUCGUUCACACAAGUCCUUUGUGUUGUUUUUGUUGUUGUGUGUUGUGUUAGUACUGUAUAGCUACCAAGAGUCAACCCUUUUGUGAAGGCCUUGGAUCCCUUUAAUGAAAAUUAAACU